AUGGGAGGCCAGGGCGGCGCAGGCAGGAAGCAUAUGCGCGACUGGACGUGCAAUAGCUGCAUCAAUCGCCGCACUGGGAAGGCCCGGCUCAACUGGGGCAGCAGCCUCAAGUGCCACGGUUGCCGCUUGCACAAGAAGGACGUGCUCGGCGAGGUCGCUGCACACGCGGAGCCGUCCAAGAAGGCCGAGUGGAGGAAGUACCCGCAGGGCAAGCUCGAGAAGCUCCUCGAGGCCGCGCAGAAGGAGCUCGCCGACCUCAAGAAGGAGCGGACCAGCGGCAAGCCGCCACCCUGGCAGGAAGCCGCCGAGUGCAGCGAGUCCAUGGAGACGGACGACUCGGAUGCGGGCAAGAUCGACGCCGAGAUCAAGCGGCACUUCCGCGACCUGGCGAUGCUCAAGGGCAGCGACAGCGAGUGGGUCCAGCAGAAGGUGGCCACGCUCAACGUGCAGCUGGCCGACGCGAGGAAGAGGCAGAUGGAGUGCAAACCGCUGCCCAAGCACGCCCAGGUGCUGGCCAGCAAGCUGGUCCUGGACGACAAGGAGAAACCCUACCAUGAGCUCCACACGCUGCGCGUGGAGAUGGAGGCCGAGCUCGAGCGCCUGCAGCAGCUGUUGCCACGGCGCCAGCCGCGCGGGCGCCAGGCACGGCUCUGGCGCAGGAGUUGGUGCCAGGAGCAGGCCCUGCCGCACGCGGCGCAGGCGAAGUUGGCGGAGGAGCUCAGCAGGCGCAUCACGGAGCUCGUUGUCAAGAAGCGGCCCAGGGGUGGCGAUGAGGAGGCGGACGCGGGGCAGCAGCUUCACGGCUCACAGGGAGCAGCAGAGGAGGCAGCCCCACCGCACGACUUCGUCGUGCAGGCCCGCUGGGAGCCCGACAAGCUCGAGGAGCCGGAGCUCCGCGAGAAGAUGGCCAGGUUCGCCAAACCAGACGAAAACGCCGCCAAGUCUGAGGGCAUCAUCACGUCGAUGAACGUGACCUCGCCGGGCUCGAUCGGGCCUUGCGUCGAGGCGCUCGGCAGCGACACGUGCGUGAUCUUGCUGCAGGAGCGCCGCAUCAUGGACCCCACGAAGCUCGCGGUGGCGCAGAGGGAGAUGCAGGAUUUCGGCUUCGACGCGGCUUCCAUUCUUGUGACGGCGCCGCCGCUGCUCGACUCGCCCGUCCUGCAUGAGGGCCGCAUGUCGGCAGCGCACGUGCACUGGGGCGUGCGCGGAGGUCUGGUGAUGAUCUCUGUCCAUCUGGUCGACAGCGUCGGGUUCAGCGUCGUCAGCCAGGAGAUCUCGUUCACCCUGCUGCGCCACCUGGUGCAGCUCAAGGCCGCGGGCUACGACUGGGUCGUCGGCAGCGACUUUAACAUGGCGCUGGAGCUGCUCGAGCCUCAGUGGGGCGAGGAGGCCAACGGCGUCUGGGCGGUGCCCAGGCAGACCGCGUGCCGCCCGCAGCUGGACAACGCGUCGACGAUCGACAACUUCCUUCGUAUCGGGCAACUUGGGCCCGAGGACAUGAAGAUAUUGGUCCGCGUCCCUGUGGCGCCUCGGCCCAUCCCAGCGGCGCCGCCUACGGGAUGCGCGCGAGGCGAGGAGGACUGGACCAAGCCGUUGGCCAAGGUCCUGCAGGCGAAGGAUGCAUGCGUGGACAAGAAUCGCAUACGAUAUCUCGAUGUGAGCGACGAUCAUGCGCAGCAGCUGCCGGCGCAGGCGCGGGGCGCCGUUCUCGGCGCCGCCGAGGAGGAGCUUCUGGACCGAUACGACAAGGCGGGAGAGCAGAUGCACAAGUACGUCGGCAGGUCAGGCGGCCUGGCGACAGCCCUCCGACCUGCAAAUUGGCGACCGCCUGCGCAUCUGGCGCGGCUCGGCCCGCUCGCUGGAGCCUGCCGCGACGUGGUGAGGCGGGCGCGUCACUUGAUGGGCGCCAGUGCGUUCGUCGCCAAGUGGCUGCGCCAACUGCAAGCAUCGGUCGCGGUGUGCGCGCUGUCGUCGACGCAGUACUCCAAGCUGGCCUGCUUCCUGCUGGAGACCAAGAGCUACCUCGACAUGGUGGCGCGGCGCCACGAGAUCAUCGCGCUGCUGCCGCAGUGGGCGCAGGACUUCUCCUGGGCAUGCAUGCGCGUCAUGCUGCGGGGCGACUUCGUCAAGGUUGCCGGCGACAUCGUGGAGUGCGCUAGCACGGUGGUGGAGAAGGCGAUUGACGGCAAGCAGAGGGCGCGGGUGCGAUGGGCCCAGCUGGUGCUGCCGAAGUGGACGGAGCGCGACAGGAACGCCAGCCCCGUCAACGCCUGCGAUAAGGAGAUGAAGGAGUGGGCCGAAACCUGGAGACGCCACGAGUUAGAGCAGCUUCGGGGGCCGCACGACAUCGACCAGUGUGAGCCUCUCUCCACGCUCACGGUGGGCAUGCUGCAGGAGCUCGUCGGACUCGGCCUUCGACCUCAACAUCGAGACGGAGAUCUCUGCGGCGCCCGGGGGCGCGCGCUCACGGUGCUCAUGGGCGCCUGGAAGCUCUUCGAGACGAUCGUCCCUGCGGCGCUGCUGGAUGAGGCGCGGGAGCUGGGCAUGCCGCUGCGCUUCGUCCGGAUGCUGUUGGAGCUCUAUCGGCACACGAGGAGGCUGUGCGCGUUCGGUUCGAUCUCGUACGAUGUGAUCGCGUGGCAGGGGGUGCUGGCGGGCUGCGCGCACGCCUGCGCGAUGGUCUCGCUCCUGCUCCACAGGCUACUGCAGCGCAUUCGCUGCCUCGGCGUCGUGCCUGGAGCGCUGAUCGACGACGUCACCCUGCGCGUGGUGGACUUCAGGGACAGGCACUGGGUGAGGAACCUGGGGCACGACCUUCGCGGCCGUCGCAAGGCGCGGCGCCAGACCGCCGAGAGGGCGAAGGCGUUGGCUGCGCGCGGGGGCAGGCGAUUGCUCUUCAAGAUGGCGGUGGGCAGGAGGGUCGCCUGCCUCUGGAAGGCGGGGCCCCUCCCCAGCGCCGCGCGCGGAGCUGGAGUGUCAGGGGCCACCGACGCCACGCUCCGCAAGCUCAGGAGCGAGGCGGGCAUGCUGGUCGGGGCCAGGCCUGGGCCCUCGAGCGACAAGGUCUUGCUGGCGACGCAGAGGGCCAAGGAGUUCGAUCCCAUGUACCUGGCGACCUGUGACCUGGUCUGCCGCUGCGCUAGUUGGGUGUGGGAGCAGCGCACCUCGCUCGCGCGCCUGCCCCAUGCGCGCAGGCCCAUCGCGUUCACGAUCCUCACGCUGCGGCACAUUCGCCGGUUCGCGCACUCGUCCACGGUGCUCGUCAAGGACGAGGAGAACCGCGUCAACCUCUUGACGGAGUCGCCCAAGGACGUUAGGGUGCACCUGGCCAUGGGCAUCGCGCGGUGGCAAGGGCGGCAGAUCCUCCAGCACUACCCGCAGCGCGACCAGCAGGCCAAGCUGCGGGCGAAGGCAAUGAGGCUCUGCGUUGGCGGUCCCAAGGCCGCGGUCGCCGAGGGCCCAGGGGCCGCGGGCCUGCGUGCCCACUGGGCAGGGGUGCCUUGGACCAGGCAGGCGCAGUCCGACGCGAAGCUGGCCACCGCGUCCGAGUGCGCCGCAUGCGGGGCGGUGUCGGACACCCCUGGACACCGUUUCUUCGGCUGCGAGACCUUCCUGGAGCCAGAGUUCCUGGGCGAGGAGAACGGCGAAGUGCUCCCCGAGAGGCGCAGCGUGGCCUGGGCCCUCAUGUGCGACCAGGACCUCAAGAUGGGCGGUGGGCCGCAGGCGUGGGACGAGUUCGCGCUGUCGGCCUGUCUCCCAUGCGCGCCGCCGAGCGCGCCGCCUGCGGAGCGCCUGCUGGGGCGCGCCCUGCUUCGGGCGCUGCUGGUCCUCUCGCCGCAGCUCGGCGGGAGCGCCGUCGACGUCGUCUUCGCGGACCUGCUGGGGCUCGCCGAGGAGGCGGCCUCCUGGGGCGCGGCGCUCGAGCAGGCUGGCGCAGCGCACGCCGCGGUCUGGCGGCGCUUGCGCGCGCGGCCUGCGUGGCCUGCGGCGCGCUGGAUCCCCGCGCGCACUGAGCUCAAGCAGUUCCAGGAGCGCGGGCUGCGCCCCCUCCACUUCAUGGGGGACAUGUGGGCGGGCCUCUUCACGAAGGUCGAGAUCGAGUGCCACAAGCAGGUCGCGGUCUACAUCGCGUGGGCCAUGCAGCGCAUGCUGAAGAUCCCGAGCUGGCAGGUGAGGGAUUCGGCAGCGCGCCCCUGCAUGGGGCCCCCGAGCGCGCCGCCCGUGGUGGUGGUGGCGCGGCAUCAGCUGGUCCUCCUGCGUGGCGGCAGGGUCGCGCUGUGCCGGCGGUGCUGCAGAUCCACGGCGGCCACCCGAGGUCCGUCGCGGGCGCAGUACCUGCGCUCUCCAUGCAGCGAGAGCGAGGUGGCGAAGCUCAGCGCGGACGCCCUCAUCGGGCACGUGGAGGCGACGUGGUUCCAGAUGUCAGGGGAGGGCCCGUUCGCCAUGGCGGCGCUGGACGCGUCCCAGCGGCUGCUGGGCCCAGGCGGCUUGGCCGAGGCUCCGUUGACGCUCUGGGCCCUGGGCGACGCGGCGGUGGGCGUGCAGGGCCACCGCUUGCGCAGGAUGCUCUCGCUCUUCGGUUUCGAGGUGCUGCAGGCGAUUGGCCGCGGCACUGUCGGCUGGUGUCUGAUCGGCCGAUGGUCGCACGCCCUGGCGGUGGCGUGCUGGCCCGCAGGGUCGCAGCCGCCACGAGCCGCGGGCAGCGAUGGCAUGAAGGUGCUGCGCGCGCUGUCGCAGGAGCUGGGCGCGAGGCUCGCGCUCUUCGAGAGGGUGGGAUCGCGGUCCAGAUCGUUGACGGAAUCUGCGAUGGCGGACCAACGAGUACCGCGCACGCCGUCGAGGCGCUCUACAUCGGGGACAACUCCGAGGAAGACGUCUGGAGCGGGGUCGGCGGAGGCCUCCUGGGCCAAACGAACCGCGCUCUUCCCGACGGAGCUCACGGCGCCGCAGUUCGACCAGGCGUACAAGAUGGUCGACUGGGUGGCCCAGCCGUGGAAGGCCGCGGAGAAGCGGAACCCGAGAGCACGGGCCCGGAGACGCGCCACCGGUGCGCGCCAGCAGUACGUGCAGGUGCCGGUCGGGACCCGGGAGGCCAAGCAGGCCGCCAAGGCGACGAGUGAGCGGUCCGAGCAGGUGGUGGAGAAGUCUUCGGGCCAGUCCUUGGCCCAGCGCGCGCGGUCGGAGUCCACCCGUCGGGACCUGAUGGAGAUCGAGCGCGGCCCAGGCCGACGGCGCCAUGGGCCUCCAGGCAGCAGCGCCGGGUCGGAGGAGCCGCGUUCCAUCUGA